AUGAAUAAUUAAGAUGAUAUGUAAAAUGCUAAGAUGAUCCUUGUGAUAAAAAAUAUGAUUUUUAAAUGGGAUCUAAUUUAUGUUUUUUACAAAAUUGAACAAUUUUCAAAUGAAGAAGACAAAAUUUAAUUUAAAAAGUUAACAUUCUAAUUGAUCAUUUGUUUCUCAAUUUAAAUUUUGCUCAAGUAAUAAUUCAUUUGUUUAUUAUAGUUUGAGAAGGAAGAGUUUUAUUGAUAACAUAUUAAAUAAUUAAAUAAGUCUAUUAUUAAUGACUAAUGAAUAAUAAAUUAAAUAGAUUAUUAGAAGAAUUAUUAGACAAAAAUAAUAAAGUUUGUUUAAUUAAUUACAAAAUUUGUAAAACUUUAGUGCAAAUAUUUUCUCAGCUAUGUCUUUUUGUUAAAGAUGUUGA